AUGGAUGGAACAAUGCACAGUCUCAAUAUGAAUGUCAAAUUGAAAGAGGAUGUCAAGGAGUGUGGAUUUGAUGUGAUGACGGAAGUGCAAAGAGCAUGUAUUCCAGAGAUGCUGAAGGGCAAGGAUGUCAUAGUGCAGGCACCAACUGGAACAGGAAAAACAAUGGCUUUCCUUACUCCAAUCCUUGACUACGUGUACACAAGCGUCACUGACAAUGCAGAAGUGGUUGCAGUUGUGAUUGUACCCACAAGAGAGUUGUCUCUACAAAUCAAGGCGGUUGCAGACAUGUUCAAGUGCAGCUGUGAAUGCUUCAUUGGUGGGAUUGAUAUAGAGGAUGAUUAUGCAAAGAUGCAGAAAUGCAUUCAUAUUGCAGUGGGAACUCCAGGGAGGCUUUUUGAAAUCAUAAUCAAGUAUCCAAAGCAGUUUGCCAAGGUUAGAUACAUUAUUUUGGAUGAGGCAGAUAAACUUCUUGGAUAUGGAUUUGAGGAGAAGCUAAUGCAGAUAAUGAAAAUGCUCCCAAGAAGUAGAACAGCUGGAUUGUUUUCAGCAACGAUAAAUGAGUCAGUGGAUAAGCUCUCUCUUGUUCUGCUCAGGAAUCCAGUAAAAAUCAAGGUUGGAAGUGGAGCAAUGCCUGUUUGUCUUGAAUACGUUGUAAUAAAGCCAGUGGAUAAGAUAUUGGCACUGAUGGAGAUUGCUACAAAGCGACGAUGCAUUGUAUUUUUUGCAACUUGCAGCCAGGUUGACUUUUUUUCGAGCCUGUUUGUAGAGUUUGGAGUAGCGCAUGUAAGCAAGAUCCAUGGAAAGAUGGCUCAGGAAGAAAGGAGUAAGGUUUAUGAGCAGUUUGUUGCUUGCGAAGGCAUGCUUUUUUGCACAGAUGUUGCCGCAAGGGGCAUUGACUUCAAGGAGGUGGAGCUAGUGGUGCAUUUUGAUGUUCCAAAGGAUUACAACAACAUAGUGCACCGCAGUGGCAGGACAGCAAGGAACGGGAGCAAGGGCGAGUCUGUUCUGUUUGUCAUGCCGAAUGAAAAGGCAUAUAUUGAGUUUCUGAAGCUCAAGGGGAUUUGUGUGGCAGAAUGCAGUAAAGCAAUUGAUCCGUCUGUGAUCUAUGAAGACAUUAAGGCAAAGAUUACAUCAGAGCUACUUGAUGCUGGUGUGAAAGCAUUCGUAUCUUACAUUCGAUCGUACAAAGAGCAUAUUGUUUCGUAUAUUCUUGAUUAUAAGGGAUUGGAUUACAACUCUCUUGUGGAUCUUUUCUUCCUUGAGAAGGUUCCUGGGAUGGCUGAGCUGAAGUAUGUGAAAUUUGAUAAGUUUGAAAAACCAGAUAAAAAAGCACUCAAAGACAGCAGGGACGUAAAAAAGACCAAACUGAACAGAAAACGUAGCAGAAAACAAAAUAAAUAA